AUGCAGAUCGACCACCGGGCGUUUCCGUCGCAGAUCACAGGCUCCAUCUUCGGAGGUUUUGCUUGCCAAUCGUCGACGUUGGGCAUCCCCUCGCUACGGCCAACUCUAAAUACCCAUGUCUGUGGCGGGCUUUGUCCCUCCAACCCCUCACCGGUCACCCUCCGCCGGCCUCUCACUGGGUGUGGCGUAGCUCCUCAUGCACACAACCCCAUCCGGGCGCAUACACCUAUAUCUGCGUUACAACCUGCAGCCGAUGUACAAGGCUGA